UGUAUCUAGGUCAUUACUACAGGGCCAGGAAGCAGAUGACAGUUCAAGGUCACGUAAAUGUUACCCAGAAAGCAUUUGACCUUGACCCUAACAAUGACGAGGCGGGGGAAGGCACUGUGUGAUAUUCUGAACCAACUGGGAGAAGAGGAGCUAGCACAUACAAUUCUGACAAAUGUAACAACAAGAGCAAGUGCUGGCUGUGCUAAAUGGGCGUGGUUACGUCUAGGUUUGUACCAAGUGAAACAUGAGGAUCCCUCUAUAGCUAUUGCAUCUUUCCAGUCUGCAUUGAGAGCUGACCCUAAAGACAAUCAUGUAUGGGAAUGUCUCGGGGAAGCUUACCUAGCUAGAGGAAGUUUAACAGCAUCGUUGAAAGCUUUCACCAGAGCAUCAGAGUUAUGUCCUGAUUCCAUGUACUGUUUAUUUCAAAUGGCGUCUAUAAAGCAGACAUUGGGUACAUAUACAGAAGCUAUAGAGGAAUACAAGAUUAAUAUUAGAGAAGUCACCUAACUAUGUUCC